AUGGCACCGUUCGAGGCUUUAUACGGUAGGAUAUGUAGAUCUCCCAUCGGAUGGUUUGAGAUUGGAGAGGCAGAGUUAAUAGGGCCAGAUCUCGUGCAUUGGGCUAUGGAGAAAGUUAAGACCAUUAAGGAGCGAUUGAAAGCUUCCCAAAGUUGUCAGAAGUCUUAUUCAGACGUGCGUCGUAGGGGUUUGGAGUUCCAAGAUGAUGAUUGGGUUUUCCUGAAGAGGGUCGGUCAAGUGGCUUACAAGCUAGAACUACCUCCAGAAAUGUCCUUAGUGCACCUUGUGUUUCAUGUGUCCAUGUUGAAGAAGGUGGUUGAAGAUUCGUCGCUUAUUGUUCUGAUUGAGACUAUAAAGGAUUGGGUUAUGGGAUUUCUGACAGGUGGAUAG